GAGAGAGAGAGAGAGAGAGAUUGUGGUGAGGGAAGGGACACGCGCGUUUGAUUCCUGUCCGAGACAGGACUAAUACGCGUUCAGAAUCUUCACUCGUCAGUCUCGAAAUUUUCAUCAGUUACGUUUGUACCGCGGGAGCGUGAAGAUAGACACAGAGAACUCCUCAGUGACACAUACAGUUAUACCGAACGCUUAAACAAAAUGGAUCGUUUUGUUAUAAAACGCGUCUCUGUUCAGUCGUCAAGUACGUGUGCACCUGAUAAAAACACACAGGCCAACGAGCCUGGCUCGAUCAUAAGAGAGGCCGCAUCUACAUCAGCUUCUGAGCCGCCUCCCAAGAAGAAAGUCAAGUCAUGGACAAGGCAGUACAGCGACGAGUUUCUGAAGUAUGGCUUCGUCAAGUGUGAACAGGAAAAGGGAGAACCAAGGCCUCAGUGUGUGAUUUGCAGUGAAGUUCUCGCAAAUGAGAGUUUGAAGCCAUCAGAAUUAAAGAGACAUCUCGAAACCAAGCAUCCUAGUCUGGCUACAAAACCAGUUGACUAUUUCCAGAGAAGAAAGGAACAAAUGAAGAUGUCAGUGAAAGUUCUAAAUACAGCAACCACUCUUAAUGACAAAGCACAAUUAGCAUCAUAUUUAGUUUCAUAUCGCAUUGCAAAAGAGAAAGUACCAUACACAUGUGGUGAGAAACUUAUUCUCCCAUCUUGCGUGGAUAUAGUGAGCACGAUGCUCGAUGGAAAGUCGGCAGACAAGAUCAAAUGUGUCCCAAUCAGUGAUACAACAGUGUCACGGCGGAUAAGUGAUAUCGCAGAAAAUUUGGAACUUCAGCUGGUGUCACACCUACAGACUGCUGGAGAAUUUGCUAUUCAGCUGGACGAAAGUACUGAUAUAUCUAACUGUACAGUGCUCCUGGUGUACGUCAGAUACGUACAUGAAGAUGACUUUUUGGAAGAUAUGCUUUGCUGCUUAACCUUACCUACUCAUUCAUCAGGAUCUGAGAUAUACAGUGUGCUGAAUGACUGCAUAGUUGGAAAAUACAAGCUGAACUGGGCCAAUUGCAAAGGAAUUACAACCGAUGGAGCAGCAAAUAUGACUGGGAAAAAGAGCGGUGUUGUGACAAAAAUAUCAGAAGCAGCCGGUAAUGAUGUAACUUGGAGACAUUGUUUCAUCCACCGUGAAGCGCUGGCUGCCAAAGGUAUCCCAGACAAUCUCAGAGGUGUUUUGAAUGACGUUGUUAAAGUUAUCAACACAAUCAAAGGAAGUGCACUUAACAGUCGGUUGUUUGAACUCUUGUGCCUGGACAUGGGAGCUGAUCAUUCACACCUUUCGUACCAUACGGAAGUUCGAUGGCUCUCCCGCGGGAGAAUUCUAACAAGGGUUUAUGAGCUAAGAAUGGAAAUUCAUAUUUUUCUUCUCGAGAAAAAAUCCAGUAUGGCAAGCUUGUUUUGCAAUGAUGAGUGGAUUCUAAAACUUUCAUAUUUAUCAGACAUUUUCUCAAAGCUAAAUGAGCUUAAUCUAAAACUGCAAGGGAAAGAAACUGAUGUAUUCCGACACUGUGAGGAAGUAGAAGCAUUUAAGAAGUCAAUAAUGCUGUGGCAAGCAAGGCUUGCAGUUGAUCAACCUCUUUACUAUAUGUUCCCAACACUUUUGCAGCAUAUUGAAGAACAUAAUAACACCAGUGAAGAAACCAUGAAUAAAUUGAAAUGUGAUAUACAGCUGCACCUCCAUUCUUUGUCAAGCAGUUUUGAACAGUAUUUUCCUGAAGAAAACCUUAAGAAUAUAAGAGACAACCAUUGGGUGAAGGACCCUUUUGCAUUUGAAAAACCAGAAGCUGUUAUAGGGCUAAACCUUACACCUGAUGAAGAAAAUGAACUUCUUCAUCUGACAAGUGAUACAUCAUUAAGAAUCAGGAUGCAGUCAUCACCUCUGUCAUCAUUCUGGAUAAGUGUUUCCAAGGAAUUUCCACAUCUAAGUAAGAAAAGUAUUUUACUUUUGAUCCCCUUUACAACUACAUACUUGUGUGAAGCUGGGUUCUCAACCUUGACAAAACUAAAAAGCAAAGAAAGAAAUCGACUCAAUCCUACAGCCGACAUGCGUGUGGCGUUAUCCUCCUGCAAGCCAGACUGGAAUAAGAUAACGAAAGACAAGCAGGCACACCAGUCACACUGAACACGUAAGUGCAGACUAUUUUUCCUUGCUUUCUUGCAGCAGUGUACUCAACUUUACUCCGAUUUCGUAUUUUUUAUAACUUUUUAGGUAAACUUAACAUGUUUUCAAUACAGCCAGUUUUAUAUAGAUGUGUGUGUGUGUGUGUGUGUGUGUGUGUGUGUGUGUGUGUGUGUGUGUGUGUAAUAUAACUGAUAUCAAGUUUAUGAAGAGAAAGGUACGAUAGAAUGGACAUACUGGGUCGUGAAGGUAACACAGAAAAUCAAACUGGGUCGUGAUGAAAAAAGUUUGAAGAACCCUGGGCUAGGGUGUUCACAUACAAGCAGAGCAGGGCGACCUGCAAAAGAAUCAGUCGCUAUGGAGGAUUUCGUUUGUGCAUUCCUAUUGCUUGACAGCAAAAAACAGAAACGGAAACACUGGGUCCAUCCCAUCAACGUAAGGAGAGAUCGGUAUGGAGAAUACCACCAUCUCUUCCACGAACUGAAGAGAGAUGAAUCGCGAUUGUUUGCGUAUUUACGGAUGAAACCGGCAAGUUAUGUGGGUCAUUUAUGAUUGUGUAUAGGAUGAAAU